AUGUCCGAGUCCCGGCUAUAUACCUUCUCUCCUGAGACCAAGGAGAAGCUGCGCAAGUUCCGCCUGGGCACAUCGCGAGCCAAGGAUGCGCAAGCCAUCAUUUACAUCAUCGACGCAAAGAGCCAGGAGAUCCGGCCACAAGAUGGCGAAGUCUACUCCAAGAUGGAGGAUCUAGCCGAUGAUCUCCCCGAGUCUUCACCGCGGUUCAUCCUUCUCAGCUACCCGUUGACUAUGAGUUCGGGUCGUCCCUCCGUCCCUUACGUGCUUCUCUACUAUCUUCCCGAGAACUGCAACCCGUCACAUCGCAUGAUGUACGCUGGGGCGGUGGAGCUGAUGCGCAGCACUGCCGAGGUGAAUCGGGUGCUCGAGGUGCAGAGCGAGGAGGACAUCACAGACAUUGCGUCUCGGCUGACUGGGGCCGAAUAA